CCUCUGCCUGUUGACACUGUGGUAAAAACUCUAUAGCUGAUUUCUCUAUUCAUGACAACUGUACAGGCUGAAUUUAUAUACAACUCACCGGAUUUACAUUAGAUUCGAGAUUAAAGGGAGGUAGAACUGUCGCUUCUUGAGCGACAGUUGUGUUGGAGCCUUUUGGAGAUUUGUUCAUGUAAAUAUCAGACAAGACAAGGACACAGUUUUUACACUCAGUGAUACAUUAUUCUAUUUAUAUGUAGCAGCUAUACUCGGCGGUUAUGCUAUACCUGGUUUGUUAGCUUUGCUUAUACGGAGCUAAUUAGCCAAAAAAUUAAUAGCUUUGUGAACUUAGCGUUUACAACCCCCUCCCUUUCCUUGCUCCACCCUCUUGUUCAAAUAUGGUCACUCCCGGCUCCAGAAAAACAUGAUGAAUCAUCAAUAUACAGAAUUUGUGCCUCGAAUAACAAACGAACAUUACGUGGGCUACGUCACCGGCCACAAUGGUUUCAUGUAAUCCCAUUAACCCUGAAGAACUCUCUCUACAUGCCUCCUUUUGCUUUUAUUCAGAACUCAAGAGGUUAGAGUCGCAAGAAAAAUCAAGUGCCGUCUGCACACAAAUGUCUUUAUGGGCUAAUGGAAACACAUGCACACACACCCAUCCACCUAUGUCAUAAGGUGGUGGUCAUAAAGGGGGCGAUAAGCAGGCUUCACAUCCUUAUCACCUGUAGCUCCACCUUUACACCCUCCACCCCACUAAAGCUCUGGGAUAUAUUUAAACAGAUUUUUGUUCUCUCUCUCAUACUGCUGAAGCACAACGCUGCACUGCAAGAACCAACAUCAUCACUUUUUCAUCUUUCCAUCAUUUCUGAGGGAACAGUUGAAGUGACAGGAACCUGAGGAGAACCUGGGAUUUUAGUCUCUUUUUAGUCUUCUUUAGAGUCUCCCUCCAUUUUCAGACAUCAUGUGCACAGGGUCGUGUUCGAAGUUUAUCGCUGUCCCCCUCUACGUCCUGGCCCUGGUGUCAGUGAUCUGUAACAUCAUGCUCUUCUUCCCCGGCUUUGAGACAAAGUAUGCCUCCCAGGAUGAUGAUGGCAAAGACAAGCUGACCGAGGAGGUGAAAUAUAUGGGAGGCCUGAUCGGAGGAGGAAUCAUGGUCCUCAUUCCUGCCAUCCACAUACAUCUGACCAGCGCCAAGGGCUGCUGCGCCAACCGUUGUGGGAUGUUUCUGUCCAUUGGUUUUGCAGCAGUCGGUGUCGCCGGCGCCAUCUACAGUCUGAGUGUGGCAGCUCUGGGUAUGGCUAACGGACCUAUGUGUCUCUAUCAGACGGAUGGUGGGAAUUCCGUGUGGGGGACACCUUUCGCCGGCGGUAACGGGAGCUACCUAGGCGAUAAGGAAAUGUGGAACUGGUGUAAAGAACCUGAGAACGUGGUAGAGUUCAAUGUUGGACUGUUCUCCACUCUGCUGGUGGCCGCCAGUCUGGAGCUCGUCCUCUGUAUCAUCCAGAUGGUCAACGGGCUGUUCGGAUGUCUCUGUGGGACCUGCUCCGGCAAAGAGUAAGCUGAACUAAAACUCAACAAGACCUCACAAUAAAGAUCAACAUCUUCGUCAUCAUCAUCGUCAUCAACAACAACAUCAUCAUCAACAUCCACGUCAUUAUAAUUAUCUGCCAUUAAGACUUCCACAGUUCAACUGUCCUUUUUUUGUCUAUUUUUAUACCGCCAAUAAUUUAAUUGGGAUUUUUUUAAGACGAAUGACUGAAAGAUAAAUAAGCAAGUCGUAGUCGUAUUUAAUUUCUCUUAAAUGACUUUGAUCAUUUGCUGUCAGUGUAUUCUGUAUUUGUGUCUGUAAAUUUGUU